AUGCCAUUCAAAUUAUCAGGAUUUUUAUCCGAUCCUUUUGCCAUAUCGACAAUUAGUUUUGGUAUCAUAACUUGGAUUGUAGCUAUUGCCGGUGCAGCAGCAGCAGAUUCUUCAAAAUUUCCUCGUUUCACCUGGUGGGGUUUAGUAUAUGAAAUACUUUUAAUCUUGGUGAUAUUAUCAUUAUAUUUAUAUAAUAUCGUGGAAUUAUAUAAGUUCACUUUAGUCGGUUUAUUAUCCAUUGCUUUCGUUUACACAUCAAACUCCACCAAUAAUUUGAUUUAUAAUUCCAAUGAUAGUGGGAGUUUAUGUUGCGGAGCUGGAUGUAUGUUAUUAUCAAUGCUCAAUUUAACUUUAAUCAUUUACUUUGGUGGACAUCCUGAAAGUCCAACUAAUCAAUUUAUUGAUUCAUUCUCCUUAAAAUCUCAUAAUCAUAAUCACCUUAAUGAUAAUAAAUAUAAUAAUCAUAAUUUAGAUGAUGAUGAAGAUAAUAAUGAAUUUAAACCAUUCCAACAACCUCCAGCAAUGACCACUCCUCAACAAGUUCAAAGUCAAUCGAAUUUAAGACAAUCGCAAUUAACCACCAACAAUCAUUUGAAAUCAGGUACUCCUUAUAUGUCAUCAAGUCAAUUGAAUGGUUUGGAAAACUUCUCAUCAUCAGAUGUUAACAACAGAGAUUUAACUAACUUCAAUAAUGAUGAAACUCCUACCAUGACUUUUAGAUAUAAGGCUAAAGCUUUGUAUUCUUAUGAUGCGAAUCCUGAUGAUAUCAAUGAAAUCAGUUUUGUUAAAGAUGAAAUCUUACAAGUUGAUGAUAUUGAUGGUAAAUGGUGGCAAGCUAAAAGAUCAAAUGGUCAAAUUGGUAUUUGUCCAAGUAAUUAUGUUAAAUUAUUAGAUUGA